AUGAAAUCAAGACAGAGGGUGAACAAGGUUCACUGUGGAACUGGGUGCCACAAGGAAAASUACAUGGAAUUUCUUGGUACCUGGWAUGGGGAUCAAAUUAAAACAGAAAAAUYAAAUACAACAAUGCUGGAAUUUKUUCUUUUGGGGUUYUCUGAUAUUCCCCAUCUCCGGUGGAUGCUGUUUGGGAUAUUUUUMCUCAUCUACUUGGCUAUUCUGAUGUGCAAUAGCAUUAUAAUARUAAUAACACAAACUGACCCUGCUCUUCAAACCCCCAUGUAUUUCUUCCUUAGCAAUUUUUCCCUUGUGGAAAUCUGUUAUGUAACUGUCACCAUCCCAAGAAUGCUCAUGGACCUAUGUACACAGAAAGGAAAUAUUUCCUUCUAUGCCUGUGCUACUCAAAUGUGUUUUGUCCUCUUGCUUGGAGGCACAGAGUGCCUCCUCCUGACAGCAAUGGGCUAUGACCGCUAUGUGGCCAUUUGCAACCCUCUGCAGUACCCUGUAGUCAUGAGCCACAAGGUCUGCAUGCAGCUGGUGGAGGCCUCUUGGAUCAGUGCACUUCCAGCUGUGAUYGGACAAACAURCCAGAUUUUCUCUUUGCCCUUUUGUGGRUCUCACAGAAUUAACCACUUCUUCUGCGACAUCCCUCCAGUCCUCAAGCUUGCUUUCCUCAAGCUUGCUUGUGGUGACACUUUUGUGAAUGAGAUGGCAGUCUAUGUAGUUGCAGUGGUGUUUGUCAUGAUUCCAUUUCUGCUGACCAUCGCCUCCUAUGGCAAAAUCAUCUCCAGUAUUCUGAAAUUGUCAUCGGCCAGAGGAAGGGCYAAAGCCUUCUCCACCUGCUCUUCCCACCUGAURGUUGUGGUCUUGUUCUAUGGAACAGCUGGGAUCACGUACUUGCAACCCAAACCAAAUCAAUCUGAAAGAAUUGGCAAACUGAUUUCUCUCUUCUACACCGUUUUGAUUCCAGCUUUGAAUCCCAUUAUAUACACUCUGAGGAACAAAGACAUUAUGGUGUCACUGAGAAAACUACUAGCUAAGGUGUUAAAAUAA